AUGGCCGAACGAAACCCUAAAGACUCAAUGAAGUCCACAUGGCGGCGACAAGCCCGCUCAGAUUGGACUUUAUUCCACUGGUUCUAUGAGCUACUGGGCAUCCACCCCGAGCAUCUAGACACAAAUAUCCCAAUUCACCCAAAGGAAGAGCCGAUUCCAUAUGUCCCAGACUGGUCGAUGCACCGCUGGGUCCUCAGCCAUGCAGUCAUCCCCAUUCUCAUUCAUCAGGCCUACGUGAUGGCCACCGGCCACAACAUCAGCGCCUGGGGUGCCUUUUUCCUGUACGCGAUUGGUUUCAAAGCCAUCGCCAUCCAUGAGUUGCACGUUCUCCGCCGACUGGGUCACCAAUUCGGCUUCUUGGAUGGCGACAAGCACGCCCGUGACGGCGUCCCGGACGUCGGCGUCGCAAAGGUCGUCCGUUCAUUAAUGUCAACCUCGACUUUCCGCCCUAUGUUCCUCGUCUUCCUCACCUAUCAGAAAAGUCAAACACCGUCAACCAUGAGUUUCCUCUGGUUACCCCUCGAAGUCGGCCUAUACGGCAUCAUCCUCGACUUUUGGUUCUACUGGUAUCAUCGACUAAUGCACGAUUUCGACGGACUAUGGAAAUUCCACCGCACCCACCACCUCACCAAGCAUCCGAAUCCACUCCUCACCCUCUACGCAGACUCCGAGCAGGAGUUCUUCGAUAUCCUCGGCAUCCCUCUGAUGACGUAUUUCUCAAUGCGGUUUAUGGGGUUGCCGAUGGGCUUUUACGAAUGGUGGAUCUGUCAUCAGUAUGUGGUGUUUGCUGAACUGGCUGGACACAGUGGGCUGCGACUUCAUGCUACGCCGCCUUCGACUUUGAGUUGGUUUUUGCGUUGGUUUGAUGGGGAACUUGUUAUUGAGGAUCAUGAUUUGCAUCAUCGGAAGGGCUGGAAGAAGAGCCAUAACUAUGGGAAGCAGACGAGGAUCUGGGAUAGGGUCUUUGGUACAUGUACUGAUCGGAUUGAGUCGGUUGAACAUAAUGUUGACUAUGUCAAUUCGGUGAAUAUGCCCUUGUACUGA